CGCGCGCGGGGGCGGGGCCGGGCGCCUGCAGAACCUUGGACAGAAGCUCCAGAGCCGCCGCCGCCGCCGCUGCCGCCGCUGCCGCCGCGCGCGAGCCCCGCAGAGCACCGAGACCGCGGCGGCUGAUCGCAGCGCGCAUUGCGGAGGGUGCGGAGCGCAGAGGCCGCCGCCAGUCGCCUGCAGGACCCGAGGCGGCAGCACGCGUCCCCGGAGCGCCCCCCGACACCUCCCCGGGGCCUCCGCGGCUCGCUGAGUUGCUUCUCCCUCCGGCCUGCAGGCUGGGCGCGCAGGGGCUCGGGCCCCCGCCCGGCGCGCAGCGGCACCAUGGGCACGGUGCUGUCCCUGUCCCCCAGCUACCGCAAGGCCUCGCUGUUUGAGGAUGGCGCGGCCACGGUGGGCCACUACACGGCCGUGCAGAACAGUAAGAACGCCAAGGACAAGAACCUGAAGCGCCACUCCAUUAUCUCCGUGCUCCCUUGGAAGAGGAUCGUGGCCGUGUCGGCCAAGAAGAAGAACUCCAAGAAGGUGCAGCCCAACAGCAGCUACCAGAACAACAUCACGCACCUCAACAAUGAGAACCUGAAGAAGUCGCUGUCGUGCGCCAACCUGUCCACCUUCGCCCAGCCCCCACCGGCCCAGCCGCCCGCGCCUCCCGCCAGCCAGCUCUCGGGCUCACAGACCGGGGUCUCCUCCUCCGUCAAGAAGGCCCCGCACCCGGCCGUCACCUCCGCAGGGACGCCCAAACGGGUCAUUGUCCAGGCAUCCACCAGCGAGCUGCUGCGCUGCCUGGGCGAGUUUCUCUGCCGCCGGUGCUACCGCCUGAAGCACCUGUCCCCCACGGACCCCGUGCUCUGGCUGCGCAGCGUGGACCGCUCGCUGCUGCUGCAGGGUUGGCAGGACCAAGGCUUCAUCACGCCGGCCAACGUGGUCUUCCUCUACAUGCUCUGCAGGGAUGUCAUCUCCUCGGAAGUGGGCUCCGACCACGAGCUCCAGGCCGUCCUGCUGACCUGCCUGUACCUCUCCUACUCCUACAUGGGCAAUGAGAUCUCCUACCCGCUCAAGCCCUUCCUGGUAGAGAGCUGCAAGGAGGCCUUUUGGGACCGCUGCCUCUCGGUCAUCAACCUCAUGAGCUCCAAGAUGCUGCAGAUCAACGCCGACCCACACUACUUCACACAGGUGUUCUCCGACCUGAAGAACGAGAGUGGCCAGGAGGACAAGAAACGGCUCCUCCUAGGGCUGGACCGGUGAGCCCUGUAGCCUGCAUCAUGGCUCAAGGAUUCAGUUCGUUUUUAAAGAUUUAUUAUUACACCAAGAUUUUUGUGUAUAGUACGUAUCUAGCAAAGCCACCAAGGGCCUCUCCCUUCUCACCUCUUCUCCUUGCAGUUUUCUGCAGCCCUGCCAAGAAUUCUGGGCUCUUUUUAACUCCCGAACCUUGUGCAGAACCCAGAAGUUGUAUUCAGAGCCACCCAGGCCACUGACCUCUCAUUUUGAGGAAUUCAAGGACUGACCUGCCUCUGCCACCUGUGCCCUUGCUGGCCCCAGGGCAGGUGAGGCUGCCCGUCAGGCAGCUGGAGAGGAGCCUCUGGCCAACUGGCUCAGAGAGGAAUUGGCAUUUCUGCUUGGAGACCCUUUCCUAGCUCCUGUUUUGGGCCGUCCACUCUCCUAGUUGAUCACUGGAGCCUUGGCGUUUCUGCUUGGAGACCCGUUCCUGGCAUCUGUUUUGGGCCGUCCGCUCUCCCAGUUGAUCACUGGAGCCAGUCAUCCUGACUGAACGGUCGGCAGGGCUGUGAGGCACGAUGCUCUUGGCCCUCUCCCUCUCCCUGGAGGAGAAGCUGGCCUGAUGCAGACUGUCCUGUCAUUUGACCAUACAUGCACAGCCCUGGUUUGCUCUUUUUCUCUUUUCUUUCUUAUUUAUUUAUUUUUUUUUUAGGAAGAAGGGCUUUCCUUUAGGGGAGACAUGGAACUUGCUCCCCCUACCCUCCUCCUCCCAUCCCCUUUGUCCCCUUUGUUGCUUAAUGAGCUGGUUUGAUUCACUUAAUUCUUUUCGGGUCCCAGCUUAAAGGGUGGGGUGAAGCCAGGGACAACUCCUUUCCUGGGUGAAUUUGUCAUUUGAAUAAUUCAGCUUAGUCACUCUGUGGGGAAGGCCAGGACAGCUGCAGGUGCCCAUUAUCGACAGCCUGCCUUAAGGUGGGUGAGCGACUGUGCCUGAGAACAGGCUGGGGCCCAUCCAAGGGCUUGAGCCUCUUACUGGCACACACGACAUGUGUUCUACAGAGCUGUGUGUGUGGGUGUGUUUUGUGUGUGUGUGUGUGUGUGUGUGUGUGUGUGUGUGAGUGAGUGAAUGCUUGGGAUGUGGUAAGGAUGAACCCCACCCCUACCCACCCACCCCUGUUAAUUUAAAGGUGUUUCCAAACAGUUCCAUUUCUGUUGAAGAAGGGGCCUUGCCCUGCAAGGCCCAGUGAGACAGCUGGAUCUUUGGAGACAAUUAUAAGACAGGAGACCAGCUCCUGAUUGCUCUGAAGCCUGCUGAUUCUACAAUUGAUCAUUUGCAGCUGCUGGUUUGAGUUUCCGCCUCACCCUGAUGGCUGAUGUGUACUCAAAUCAAUUUCCUCUCUGAUUCUCCCAGAUUGGUGGCUUGGGACUCGGGAGAGGACCAAAAGAAGGGGAUGAGCUUUCCUCCAUGGCCUCUUACUCUGGUUUGGGAGAACAAAGACCAAUGUGAAGCUGUUACAGAGAAAUCUUCUCUUCCUGUCCCAUCCCCUGGGGAGUACUGGAAUGGGUGGUGGGGAGAGGCUAGAGGGAGGCAGAGGGUCCUUUCACAUAGAACAAGAUUCUAGGUGGCUACCGAUUUCAGCACAAAAACUACUGAAACUCUUAAAAAAAAAAAAAGCAAAGAAAAAGCUGUGAAUUUGAGGUUCUGGUUUAAGAGGCCUGGAGCUGAGCCCCGUGCCACUGUGGCGUUUGGAGCCAAGGGCCUGCGUGUGCCAGAGGGCAUUGGCCCCAGCUGUGCCUCCUUGAUGUUCACACCUAGGAGUCUUUCCUGGGACUGGUAGGUAAUCUGACCUGAGCUGGAAGGAAGCUGCGGCUGCUGGCACAGACUUCACUGCAGCGUCUCUUCUCUGCUGGAGUUGUCACACAACUUGUCAGUUCAGAUCCUGCUGCCACGUGUGACCUGAGGUAGGAGCCCAGUGGGGGCAGUGGCCCAGCAGCCUGAAGAGGGAGGUUCGGGUGCCACCUCUCCGGAGCAGGGGCGCAUGUUUGUAGUCGCACAUUCAGCUGACUGAAAUUGCGGUUAAGUUGCAUCCACAGGAUACCAGCUUUGCGUGUUUCCUUCUCUUUAUAUUUAUUUUUCUAUGUUUCGGAGGAGAUGUGGAAUUCAGGAGUGGUCGGGGACUAAGGAAACAACUCUCUAGUUCUAUCAGUGUGAAGCCUGUGGUGUCCCCUUGCACUGGCCGUCAGUGUUGUGUAAAGGAACCAACUGAGAGACUUGAGUGUGCAAGCAAUGAACCUGUCUGACAUGCUGCUAUGAAGACUACUUUUAGAACAAUAAAAAAGAAAAUACAGAAAAACCUAACCUGCAAGAAAACACACACACACAAACAACAACAAAACCCUUAUUCUUUACUUGUUGCUUUUACAGUGAUAUUGUGCAUGCAAACCAGGAGCAUUUUGUGUCUUAUGAAAAAUAAUCUUAGAACAGAUGGCUGUGAAAACUAUACCCGUGCACAGAACAAGUCACAGGAAUAAUAGUUCAGGAUUUGGUUUUUCUCUUUUUCUUGUAAAUCUGAAGGAUUGAUAUAUUCUUUCCAUGCAGUUACUAGAAUUUAGUUUUGUUCCUACAGUUGUUAAACUUGCAAUGAGAAGAAAAAUGUGCCAUUUUUUCACUCGGAAUUAUUCAUAGCUGUAUAUUUGAAACUGCUAAUUACACACGUGCGGUGUAUGUUGGUUUUUUUAGUGCAAUUUCUUCUGUAGCUAUUCUCUGACCAAACUGUGGGUAUUGUUAAUAUUAAUUUAUACUUGUCUCAUUUUGUAUGUAUGUGUAGUGUGUUUGUAGGUAUGUGUGGUUUAUAAUCUUGACAAGGUCAUGAAGCUCAGUUUGGCUGUAAUUUAAUUCCCCUUCCCUUAUUUUUAUUUAUUUUUGUACUGUGCUGAUUAAAUAAAAUGCACUGACCAUCCAUUA